AUGCAGAACUCUACCAAGUGCACUACGACGCUUACUAACUAUUUGCUGCCUUUUGCAGAAAGAAUGCACGGCAAUGGAUGGGUAUUUCAGCUGGAUAAUGCCUCUAUCCAUAGGUCUAAGGUAACGGAGGCAUGGUUUAUUGCUAACAAUAUUAACUUAAUGAGCUGGCCCGCGCAAAGUCCCGACCUCAAUCCCAUUGAGAACGUUUGGGGAGUGCUCGCGCGGGCUGUCUACGCUGGUUGUCGUCAAUAUAACACAGUUGACGAUCUAAAAUCUGCAGUUCUUGAAGAAUGGUCGAAAUUGGACCGUAAGUAUCUGUAUGGGCUUGUGAAGAGCAUGCACAAGCGCUGCUUAGAUGUCAUCGAAGCUGGCGGCGGUAAGAAAUCUUACUAG